GCUCAGUAGAUUCACAACACAAUUCGUCGGCAGUCGGCAGUAUUUGUGAGCCGGCAUUCGCUUCUGUUCGCACUUCGUCAUGGCCAAGGUUAACAUUCCUACAUUUAAACUCAACAAUGGGUUAGAAAUGCCAGCGCUGGGCUACGGCACUUGGCUGGGACUAGACGAGAAGAAUGUAUUCAACAUACAAGACGCACCGAAGCUAGUGGAGGCGCUCUCAUACGCCAUAGAUAUCGGCUACCGGCACAUCGACACCGCGCAUCUUUACCGCGUUGAACCGGAGAUCGGACAAGUUGUCAAGCGAAAAAUAACAGAGGGCGUUGUUAAAAGGGAGGACUUGUUUAUUACCACUAAGGUAUGGCAACACAACCAUCGCGAAGCUGAUGUAGAGAAGUCGUUGAGAGCGUCUCUAAAGCGUCUCGAUAUGGACUACGUUGAUCUCGUACUUAUACACUGGCCUAUGUCCAUAUCUUCAGAUGGUGUUGACGAGAAGAUAGAUUACUUGAAGACGUACCGCGGGCUGGAGGCGGCGCUGCGGGCGGGCCUCACGCGCGCCAUCGGCGUCUCCAACUUCAAUUUGCAACAGAUGAGCCGUUUACUCGAUAACUGCAAUGUUAUUCCUGCUACUAACCAAAUUGAGUAUCAACGUGGUAUCGCCACUAUUCCGAAGUCAUUAACAAAGAGUCGUAUUUUAGAAAAUGCCUCCAUUUUUGAUUUCGAAUUAGACGAGAAAGAUGUCGCUGAGAUAGCGAAGUUCGACAACGGAUAUCGCACUGACGUCCCGUCAUUUUGGCAGGAAUAUGAAAAUUAUCCGUUUGACAAGAUCCCGGAGCCAGAAAAAGAAAUACCUUUGUCUCUUCUAAAGUGGAAAAAUGGCGCGAAUCUUGACAUUGAUUGAAUUGUUUAUGCUUUUUGUCAAAGUUUUAUUUUGAGUUUGUUAUGAAUAAAUGGAUUUAAAUGUUU